AUGAUGAUGAUAAUAGCCGUUCUCCAGCCACACACUUCACAUUUGCGUGCGCAUUGUGGUGUUAACGAUUACGGUCUUCAUCUUAUCAACGCAGCAACGAUGGCUUUGGUUUCAUCGUACGAUCAUCGGGAGCUGGUGUGGUCAUUCGACGUGGGCAAACCGUACUUAGAAGUUCACGCUCGAGCUAGAGGGCAUCAACUGACAAUAAGGACACCGCAGGUAGGUGGGUCGUGUGGAAGAGUCAGAGGAAAAGUACAGUCUGGAAGUGACUUUCUGAUGUACUUUUGGGUGUAG